AGUGUGGGCGUGGCUAGCCGCUGAGCGUGUUCCGUGUGGAAAGUUCGCCGGUCCGGGUGCAAAGUUUCAGCCGUCUGCAGACGAGCGGCAGAAUACGGGCUGUAUAACCGGACCGAACCCGCUCCUCGGCGCUCAUUACACGCGGAUAAGCGCAGCGCUUACAGCCUGUCCAUCGGGGAACGAGCUCAGUGAUGGGAUAUUAACCCGAAGGGGGUCGCUUCGAUUUAAAGCUUUGUUUCUGUCUGUGCUCCGCCCGCGGUGUGAUCAUGGCCUGCGCGCCGAACCGGGUUCGCCUGCUCUGCAUGCUGUCGCUCACCUUCGGCUUCUUCAUCGUGGAGGUAGUGGUCAGCCGGAUCACCUCCUCUCUGGCGAUGCUCUCGGACUCAUUCCACAUGCUGUCGGACGUGAUCGCGCUGGUCGUGGCUCUGGUCGCGGUGCGCUUUGCCGAGCAGACCCAGUCCACCAACAAGAACACCUUCGGCUGGAUCCGGGCCGAGGUGAUGGGCGCGCUGGUCAACGCCGUGUUCCUGACCGCGCUCUGCUUCACCAUCAUUCUCGAGGCCAUCGAACGCUUCACUGAGCCGCACGAGAUCGAGCAGCCCUGGGUUGUGAUCGGGGUGGGGGCUCUGGGGUUGCUGGUCAACCUGCUCGGGCUCUGCCUCUUUCACGGGCACGCCGGCGGCGGGGGACACGGGCAUUCGCACGGCGGACACGGACACAGCCACGGCGGAGCCAAAAAACACAAGAACGGGAAGGUCCGCCGGAGCGAGACGCUGGAGGACAGUCGAUCCGCCGGAGAGGAAACCAACAACCUGGUCGCGAAUCACAACAGCCCGAAUGGCGUUAAUGCGGAGCGGAAGGCUGCCGGUAAAUGGGAUAUGUGUCACAGUGACAGCCUGGAUCUGCAGAUUAAUGGCAGUGCUCCAUAUGACGAGCUGGAGAACGGACACGAUGCUGCCUCCCAGCUCAACAUGCGGGGUGUUUUCCUGCAUGUCCUGGGUGAUGCCCUCGGCUCUGUUAUCGUGGUGAUCAACGCCAUCAUUUUUGUGUUCGUGUGGAAGCCCUGUGAACCUGGCACCAUCUGCGAGAACCCUUGUUCGGGUCAACAUUGCGCAGACCAUGCACUUAACAUCAGCAGUCCAUUAACUAACGGCACUUUGAUCAAAGCAGGACCGUGCUGGGUGCUUUAUCUGGACCCCACACUCUGCAUCAUCAUGGUCUGCAUCCUUCUCUACACCACCUACCCCCUGCUAAAGGAGUCCGCUCUUAUCCUGCUCCAAACCGUACCCAAGCAAAUCGACAUGCACCAGCUGAACGCUCGCCUGCGGGAUCUGGAGGGCGUUCUGGCCGUGCACGAGCUGCACAUCUGGCAGCUGGCGGGCAGUCGCAUUAUCGCAACAGCGCACAUUAAAUGCCACGACCCCACAUCCUACAUGGAUGUAGCCAAGCGCAUCAAGGACUUUUUCCAUGAUGAGGGCAUCCACGCGACAACUAUUCAACCGGAAUUCGUAACGGUGAAUUCAGAGUCCCGCGCUUCGCUCUGUGAGCUCUCCUGCCGAACGCAGUGUGCACCAAAGCUCUGUUGUGGGGCUGUUGAUACCGCAAAACCUCUUGAAGGUUCUUUAGAGUCAAAGAAGUCAUGCGAAUCCAAAACCCCAACAUUACCUAGCGCUUCUGUGACGUCUCUGGAAAUCAUCAGCGAGUCCGUGGAGGACACGAGCCGACCAGAAUCUGUCGUGAUCAUCACUAGGGAGGUGGAGUCAUCGCUGUGAGUGAUCUCUGUAUUGGUGAUCUAGUGUAUUGGAUCAGCUGACUGAUUUCUAACGUGCUGUGAGAAGAACUGAGCCCAAACACAUUCACACACACCACACAGCCGUGUAUCUCAGACAUCACACCAACUUUCCGACAAUAUAAAGAGCCUGCUCUGCAUGUGUGUUUACCACGUCGUCUGAUUGGUGUGUCCGUGCCAAAGCUUCUCUUCAUACAGGACGUCAACACUCAUGGAUGUAAUGCAAUUUUAACGUUCGGCUGCUGGACCAAGUAAAAACGUCGGGACCAUUUGUAUUUCUACCCAUCACUUGCCCGUUUUCUUCUUCACACCUUACAUAUUUAGCUUUUCAAUUUUUGUGAGAGAUGUAAUAAUUUAUGUAUUUAAGUUAUUGGUAAUUAUUAUUUUGUUUCCUAAAGAGCUUUUUGUAAUAUUUAGAUUUGGUUAUAUAUAUAUCUAUAUAUAUAUUUGGAGAGGUAAAAGAAAUGAUUUGCUUCUUUCGAAACAAAUGAUCUAUGCUUUAGAGUAUUUUUAAAUCUGAUGUUUUUUUUUUAAAGAUCGCUGUGUAAUCGUUUAAAGACACAUCAGAAGAUGCGUCGACAGUAUUUCACCAAGCCUAUAAUUGAAACUGCUGUAUUAUAGCACUGAAUAUGUUCAGUGUAGGAACUAGACAACCUUCUCUUAUUGGUUUUGAUACAAGCUGAUGCCUUCUUUGUUCUGUCGUUCUGUCAAUCAAAACAAGAGGUUUAAAUGCUGUAAAAUAAACUGUGGAACUGGCUGAUGUUUAGUCCGUGCUGACGUAAACCUGAAGGGACCUUCAUAUAUUUGUGGAAAACGCUCAUUUGGCAACUGUGUGUGUGACCAAAUAUAAUUGUGGUUAUAAGGAAAUCUUUGAGAAAACCAAGCAACAUUUGUAAACCAAAAGAAAAGGGAGUUGUGUUCUGGACUAUGCAGGGAGUAGGCACGUGGGUUUGGCUUUGAACACAUCAUUUGAGGUGUUGCGAAAUCCUCUCCGUGGCCUAUAUUGGGGAAAGAAACAGAAUAUAAACUCUUCAGAACACUAUUUAUUUCUUCAAGUAUUUAGCAUUUGGUGAAAUUAUGCAAUUUAUUAAAAACACAAAUGUAUAGCCUUUAUAACUAGUCAACUUUAUUAGAAAUCUGUAGAGGAACGAGUUCACUUUAUAAACGUGCAGAUGACGUGUUUGUAUCACUGAGGAUUUUAAAAGUACCCUGCCAGCUGAAAUGUUUUUUGAUAUGUUAUUGUCAAACGUGUCAUUGUGAAUUAAACAUGCUUGUUUGGUACUGUUCAA